AUGGCCCCACCGAACUGGAUCCACUGCAGCCUCUGCUACAACCACAUGGCGAAGAAAGAGCGCCAGUUCUACCAUCUCUCCUGUCGGCACAUCCUCUGCCGGCCGUGCAUGGCGAAAACGAAACGCGGAACAGUAUGCCCGGUGUGCCAGGGUUCUCUCAGCCGAUUCGUCGAGCUGAACAAUCAGAUGGAGCGCAAGGACAAGAUGUUGUACGAUCCGUCCGCAGCCAAAAUCUACGCGAUCGCCUGCCAGACGCUGAUAUUUCAGCAGAAGCACCGCCAGCAUCUCAUCCAACGAAUCAUCCAGAUGCGUAGCUCGUUGCCAAGGCUGAACGAGCUGGAGUCGCAACUGCGAAAACACGUCAUGCAAGCGCAACGUCGAUACGAAAAGAUGCGCUCGUUCCGGAGAACCUUGCAGGACAGUCUUCGCCGGUCGAUAUCGUCAAGCUCAAGCCGGUCAACAACUCAGCAGAGCAUAACGUUCGCGAAUGUGCGAAUUCCCACGAGGCGUCUGUCCACCGAAAGCACAUUAGGUUCGAUUCCGUACACGCCACAGCGAAAAACAGCGGUAGAAUCGUUUAACGGAUCGUUCGGCGUGCAGACCUUUGGGUCGAGAAAAAUAAUGCACCGACGGUUUUCGAACGAUUCCGGCAUAGAAUCUCCGUGUAAUUCUAGUUUUACUGGAAGUGCGAAAAGGGUGAGCUUCAAUCUGAGUGCCACUAGUUUGAAUAGAUCAUUAUUAAACACGAACUCAUCAAAUCGACUGUAG